AUGGGCGCUAAUGACCGGGGGAAAACGUACAUUACAGUUAGUGCUGUGCUCGUCGCUCUGUCCACGGUUAUUGUUGGGUUUCGGAUCGUUGCACGAUGGAUGAGAACCACUCUAGGACUGGAUGACUAUGUCAUCUGUGCAUCGAUUAUUCUUGCCUAUAGCAUGCUGGGGGAAGCGGUUGUUUGGGCUCGAGAUGGAGGGCUAGGAAAGCACAUGGACGAGCUAAGCGUCCAGGAGAAGAUCACCUUCCAGAAGUGUUUCUUCGCCAACGAGAUCUCCUAUACGCUCCUCGUCCCCUCGAUCAAAAUCUCUAUCCUCCUACUCUAUCGCCGAAUCUUCGCCGUUCGCAAGUUCAGGAUCGCGAGUCUCAUCACCGGCGGUCUGGUCAUGUCAUGGUGUCUCGCUGUCUUCAUUACCGUCUUUCUUCAAUGUCGCCCGAUUGCCCUGAACUGGGACAAGACAUUAGAGGGAACCUGCAUCGACCCGAAAAAGUUCUUCUUCGGCAAUGCGAUAUCCAACCUCCUCAUCGAUGUGGUUAUCCUCGCUUUACCGAUCCCAAUGGUUCUCCAGCUCCAACUACGUUUGUCGCAGAAACUCACUAUUCUGAGUAUAUUCCUUCUUGGUGGAUUUGUCUGUGUCGCGAGCAUUAUGCGAGUCGUUACCCUCAAUAUUUUCGAGACUAUGGAUACGUCAUGUAUGUUCGUUUCCUUGAUUCCGUCUUGA